AUGCCUCCCAAGCGCAACCUCGAGCUGGACACAAACACUUCCAGCAACAAAGAUGAUACCCUUCUCACAAAACGUCGUCCGACCCAAUAUUACAGUACUUCCCAGUAUCUUUUGAGGAAAAAGAACAUGGAAGCUUUGAUGAAAUCGCCGGAAAGACACCAGACGUCCCAGUCCACAGCUUCACCAAGAGCGCGCAGCCUUUCAACCUCCAAGCCCCAAAAGAGAGAGGAUGUUACCCCGACCGAGGCCAUUGACGUUAUCAACAACGCCAUCACUGAUGAGAAAAAUCGAGCAGUCGUGGAACAGGCGGAGGUGAAGCGAUUGGAAGACCAGGUUCAGUUCCUACUGCGCAAAGUGGAACGUAAAGAUAAGGAGCGCCAGGAAGAGACUCAUGCCCGUCAUGGGCUUGAGCAGAAGCUGGCGGAGCGCGAUGCCCUUCUUCAAGAGCUGAAGGAUAUUCUGCAUGAUUGA